GAAAACGAAACAUAUAUUGGUUCUUCGAUGAGCUAUUCUACAGUUAUGGUGCCAAUUACAAAUGAAACAGAAAUUAUUCAGAACAUAGUUAAUACUUAUGCAUUUGAAGAAGGAAGCUCCAUACUGAUGUUGUGGACCUUUAAUGAAAAUGCAAUUGACAGUGUAUCGGUCACUGCCUUUAAACAUCUGAAUGAAGAACUUGAAAUGUUUUUGCCUUUACAGGGCCAAGAGUUACCUUGGUUCCACAUGUGGAAGUAUAGUUUACUUGAUUCAGAUAUCACUCUUCUGUCACAUUUAGAAGAAAUACUUACGGAAGCCAGAUCAUUAGCAUACCUAAGGAAGGAAAUUUAUGCAUAUGCAUUGGGAAAAGCAUCUUUGUCCCGUUACUUGGAUCUCUUGGAAAAUGUCUAUGCAACAAAAAAUCAGUCUGCCGUCGACGAAAUAGGCAACGCCCAAUCAGAAGGUGAAGAAAUAUUAGAACAUUUUCAAUGCACUAUUUCGUCUAUAAAAGCCCUUCUAAAAGAUUGGGGGGCAGUAAACAUCUACCAGGUAAAUAGGAUGAAUUCACACUUUUCUCAUCUUCAGGAUCUGUGGGGGACAGAUGAGAGACUCUUAAAUAGCUACAGCAUCUCUCUUUUAAAAAUGACGACCUUAGACAAAUAUGAAUCAACUUCCAAGGCACUAGACCUGUUGCUUGCUAAUGCUUUUGAAAUUCACAUUGCUUCCACAUACAAAAUGCACAUCAGAUUCCUCAGACAAUUGAAUCUUUUAAUAGAAUACGCCAUCACAGUGCUUCAGACAUUUGAGACAAGGGAUUUCGAAACAGCUAAUUUCACAUCAAUGGAGUCCACAAGCACACCACCUUCUAAUGCAUCUACUAUAAAUUCUACUCGAGCAGAGACAGAAAAAUGCAACAGUUCACAAAGUUUGUAUUGUGUCGCACAGCGCUUAGUAGAAGCGCUUAGAGAUGCCCAGAAUGUAAGCCUUGUGGCAACUCAGACUAUAAUGGAUUCCAAUACAACAUUUAAUGCCACGCCAGCUACGCCUUAUAAUAUCAGUGAUGUUGACUCUAUGGAAUUCGAUAUAAAGUUCGAGUUUGAAAGUUUGAGAAUGAAUGCAUAUGAUCUGUGGAAGAUAAUCGCAGAGCAGAAAUUCUCUUUGGAAGAAUUUUAUGAAGUUCUGACUCUUCUUAAGAAAAGCAAGCAGAUGGGUGAAGAUUUGGUCGACAGCCUAGAGGACGCAGCAACCAAUCUUGAAAAGACAACAUCGGUCAAUGAAGCAACGGGAUCCACGCCAACUGUUCCAAGUUAAUUUUUCAAAGUGUAUUGCAGUGACGAUCAUUAAUAUUUUCUUACUGUUAUCAUUACCUUAUUAUUGCAUCAUUUCCCACUGCUACAAUGGGUAAAAUAAAAUGAUUAAUGCUG